AUGAUUUCAGAGAAGGAUAAACUAAUCACUUCUUAUCUAUCUUUUCGUGGAUUACAAAAACAACACAUUGAUUCUUUCAAUUACUUCAUAGAAUAGCGUUUAGAAUAAAUAGUGAAAUCACCUUUAAAUUAGAGAAUUACUUGUGAAAGUGAUUCAUCCUUUCUUUUAGAGUAAAAUAAUAUUCAUCAUAAUCUUAUAGGUAUUUAUCAAUCAGAGUGGAAAAUCCAACAUUCACUAGCAGUUGGGAUAAGUAUUCUUUAAAAAGUCCUUUAUAUCCACACGAAUGUAGAUUGAAUGAUUAGACAUAUGCAGGAGAUAUCUAGUAAGACAUUUUAAAAUUUUAAAUAGUGUGAAUGUGCGUAUUCAUAUGAAGGGUAGAGAGCCAAUUGAAGAGAAGAAUGUAUUAAUUGGACGUAUGCCAAUAAUGUUGGGAUCAAAGAAAUGUAAUUUAUCAGGUAAGACUGAAUAAGAGAUUUUUUAAUAUGGAGAAUGUCCAUAUGAUCCAAAAGGUAAGAAUAGAAUUUUUUAGAUUUUUAGGUUAUUUUAUUAUUGAAGGUAAUGAGAAGGUUAUUCUAAUAUUAGAAUAGAUUGUUGAUAAUAGAAUUAUUGUUGAUAUUGAUAAUAAGACAGAUUAGUAUGUGUCUACAGUUUAAUCAUAUCAAUUAGAAACUAAAUCAAAAGCAUCAAUAAUUUUAAAAAAGAAUAAAUUUUAUGUGAAAUCUUCAAGUUUUAAAGAUGCUCCUCUUUUUAUUGUUUUUAAAGCAUUAGGUAUUGUUAAUGAUAAAGAAAUUAUUGAAUUAAUUGGAACCGAACCAAGUAUAGUAGAGAAAUUGUUAAUGAGUUUUUAGGAUACAUCAGAUGAAAAAGUUAAAACCUAAUAAGAUGCAUUAUAAUAUAUUGGAAAAUUAAUUACUAGUAAAUUUGGUGGUUAAUCAUCUAAUUAAGCAGAAUAAGCCAGAGAAAAAUUAGCAUAAGUCUUUUUGGCACAUGUUAAUUGCAAAAAAUAUGAUUUCUAUCCUAAAGCUAUAUAUCUAGGAUAAAUGGUUAGAAGAUUAAUAUUAGCAAUGGAAGAUAAAAGAUUUGUUGAUGAUAAAGAUUAUUAUGGAAAUAAAAGAAUGAGAUGUGCAGGAAAUCUUCUUGAAUUAUUAUUUGAAGAUUUAUUUAAAGGAUUAAAUUCAACUAUAUCUAGUAUACUCAAAAAGGAAUUAGGUAAAGCUAAUUGUAAAUUCACUCCUAAAGAUGUUACUAUGAAAAUGAAAGAAUUUGGAGUAGAUAUCACUAAAGGAUUAAAUAGAGCAAUUAAAACAGGAAAAUGGACUAUUUAAAGAUUUCAUAUGGAUAGAUAAGGAGUUACAUAAUUAUUAGCUAGAAUAUCAUAUACAUCUGCUCUUGGUAUGUUAACUAAAAUGAGAAGUCAAGUCUAAAAAACACUUAAAGUUAGUGGACCAAGAGCUUUAGUUGGAUCUUAAUUUGGAAUGAUUUGUCCUGCAGAUACUCCUGAUGGUGAAGAUUGUGGUUUAGUUAAGACUUUAGCAUUAUUAACACAUAUAACUUAAGAAGAUAUAUAAGAUAGUGUUUAUAAAAUUAUAUUAACAAUGGGAGUAGAAGAUAUAUGUCAUUUUAAACCAAGUGAAUUUCAUAAAAAUUAUAUUGUUUAUUUAAAUGGUAUUAUAGUGGGAAUGCAUGCUAGACCUUAAACUUUUGUUGAUUAAUUAAGAAUAUUAAGAAGGAGAGGUAAGAUUAAUGAAUUUGUUUCAAUACAUAAGGAUGAUUUAAGGAAAGUUGUAAAUAUAUCUGGUGAUAGUGGUAGAUUAGUUAGACCAUUGAUUCUUGUAAAAGAUGGUAAACCUUAAUUAACUUAAAUUGAUAUGAUUGAUUUCAAGUAGAAUGAUGCAAAAACUGUAUUUUCAAAUUAUGUUAAAAAUGGGAAGAUAGAAUAUUUAGAUGUUAAUGAAUCUGAUAAUGCAUUUAUUGCAUUAACUAUAAAUGAUGUUACAAUUGAGACUACUCAUUUAGAAAUAGAUUAAAUGACAAUUCUUAGUUGUGUAACUGGGUUAGUUCCAUUUCCACAUCACAAUCAAAGUGCACGUAAUACAUUUUAAUGUCAGAUGGGUAAAUAAUCUUUAGGUAUAAUUGGAAUGAAUACAUAAAUAAGAUGUGAUACUUAAUUGUAUCAAUUAAUAUAUCCACAAACUCCUUUAGUUCGUACUGUGUCUAUGGAAGCUGUCAAUCAACAUAGAUUACCUGCUGGACACAAUGCUUAAGUAGCAGUAAUGAGUUAUUCAUGUUAUGAUAUAGAAGAUGCAUUAAUAAUGAACAAAUCUUCUUUAGAUAGAGGAUUUGGUAGAACUGCAGUCUAUAAAAAAUCAGUUACUGAAUGCGAAAUCAAUUAAAGAAAUAAGGAAAGUAGAUUUAAUGAGAGAAUUGAUGAACCACCAACUAAAACACAUAAUACAAAAAAGAAAUUUAUUAAGAAAUAUCAUGCUCUUGAUAGUGAUGGUAUAACUAAAGUAGGUGCAUAAUUACAUCAUGGAGAUAUAUAUGUUAAUAAAAAGACACCUUAAGUUCCAGAUAAUCCUUAAAUUGAAAAUAUAUAAAUAGCAGAUACUCCAUCUGUAUUUAAAGAAAAGUGGCCAUAUACUGUAGAUAGAGUAUUAAUUAUUAAUAAUACUAAUGAUGGAACUGAAAAAAUCAAAACAGUUAAAACAAUCUUUAGAUAAAUAAGAAGACCUGAAUUUGGUGAUAAGUUUUCAAGUCGUCAUGGUCAAAAAGGUGUUGUUGGUCUUAUUGUUAAUUAAGAAGAUAUGCCUUUUAAUGAAAGAGGAUGGUGUCCUGAUUUAAUUAUGAAUCCUCAUGGUUAUCCAUCUAGAAUGACAAUUGCUAAAUUAAUGGAACUAUUAUGUGGUAAAUUGGGAGCUUUGGAAGGUAAAUUUAAAUAUGGUACUGCCUUUGGAGGUGAGAAUGUAUUAUAGGUAGGAGAAGAAUUAUUAAAAAGAGGAUUUCAUUAUUAAGGAAAAGAUUGUUUAAUAUCUGGAAUUACUGGAGAAUAUAUGGAAUGUUAUGUAUAUUAAGGACCUAUUUUCUAUUAAAGACUUAAGCAUAUGGUGAUUGAUAAAAUUCAUGCUAGAGCUAAAGGACCAAUGGAAAAACUUACUCGUUAACCUGUUGAAGGUAGAGCUAAGGAUGGUGGUUAACGUAUAGGAGAAAUGGAGAGAGAUUGUUUUUUAGCAUAUGGUGCUUCAAAUUUAUUAAUUGAAAGAUUAUUAAUAUCAAGUGAUCCAUUUAAUGUAUAUGUUUGUGAAAUAUGUGGAAUGUUUAAGAGUGAUUCAGUUUGUAGAGGUUGUAAUACAGAUAAAGUAUAUUAAAUUAGAUUGCCAUAUUGUUGUAAAUUAUUAUUUUAAGAACUUUUGGCAAUGAAUAUUAAACCAAAAUUAUAAUUAGUACCUUCUCAUGAGAGAUAAGAGUAUACAAUGAAUUGA